AUCCCAGCUUUGAGAAGUCAGGCCGGAGAAUGGGUGUAACCCCUCGGGAAAGCUUUGCGUAAAGUGCGGGUUGAGUAACCUCUGGAUUGGGCUGACCCUGGCGAUUGACGUUGAAAAGGUCCAAAGGUCUCCACUGAUCCUCAGCCAGCGCGACCCCCUCCCUCCCCCAGCUGCGGUCGGUCGCUGACGCGGACCCCGGGUACGGGGCGGGGUUAGGUCCCGGUGCUGGUUGGAAAGCAGUUGACCAUGAGCUCCACCGCCUCUACUCUCCGAAUAGCAACUUUCUGCAGGAACUCCCAGAAUUUCCUGAUAAAAUCUGGUCUACAGUAUUUCAGUUCAGCUUCACGGAGCUUGACACCAGAAGGGAACGUGCCCGGCAGUAAAUCCCUCAAACAGGAGAAACUAGACGGGAAAGGUCCAACAAAAUCAUUGCCAGAAUGCGCCGAUGUGGUGGUGAUGGGUGGUGGCAGCGUGGGCUGUCAAACGCUGUACCAUUUGACAAAAAUGGGGAUGACCAACGUGGUCCUGCUGGAGCGCGACCAGCUGACGGCUGGCACUACUUGGCACACAGCUGGACUGUUGUGGCAGUUGCGACCCAGUGACAUUGAGGUUGAGCUCCUGAAACACACGCGACAGGUUGUGAGUAAAGAUUUGGAGCAGGAGACCGGGUUACACUCGGGUUGGAUUGAGAACGGUGGCCUCUUCAUAGCCUCCAACAAGCAGCGUCUGGAUGAGUACAAGCGCCUAAUGUCGCUGGGGAAAGUCUAUGGGAUCGAGUCACAUGUGCUGUCACCUUCCGAGACAAAAGCCCUUUACCCGCUGAUGAACGUGAGUGACCUGUACGGCACUCUGUAUGUUCCCACUGACGGCACCAUGGACCCCGCUGGAACCUGCAGCACCUUGGCACGGGCUGCAACCGCUCGCGGGGCAAUGGUGAUCGAGAACUGUCCAGUGACGGGGAUCCAAGUGAAAGUGGACGAUUUUGGAAUUCGGCGGGUCAGCGGUGUGGACACGGACUAUGGAACAAUCCAAACGACAUGUGUGAUUAACUGUGCAGGUGUAUGGGCUCGGAAGCUGGGGGCAAUGGCUGGGGUUAACGUUCCACUUAUCGCCAUGCGCCAUGCAUAUGUGGUCACAGAGCGGAUCGAAGGAAUCCAGAACAUGCCGAAUGUUCGGGAUCACGAUGCCUCAGUGUAUCUCCGUCUCCAAGGCGAUGCCCUGUCUGUCGGUGGAUAUGAACCAAAUCCAAACUUCUGGGAAGAGGUCGUGGAUAAAUUUGCCUUCAGCCUGUUUGACCUGGAUUGGGAAGUCUUUACUCAGUUGAUAGAGGGAGCAAUCAAUCGCAUCCCUGUACUGGAAACGACCGGGGUGAAAUCAACUGUGUGUGGCCCAGAAUCCUUCACCGCCGACCACAAGCCACUGAUGGGUGAGGUUCCGGAACUCAGGGGCUUCUUCCUGGGAUGUGGAUUCAAUAGUGCCGGUAUGAUGUUAGGGGGCGGUUGUGGGAAGGAGCUCGCUAACUGGGUCAUUCACGGUCAUCCAGAGAAGGACAUGUAUGGUUAUGACAUCCGCCGUUUCCAUCACUCAAUGACCAAUGACAAUCGUUGGAUCCGUGAGCGAAGCCAUGAAUCCUACGCUAAGAAUUACGCUGUGGUUUUCCCCCACGAUGAACCUCUCGCUGGGAGGAACAUGAGGCUCGAUCCACUGCAUCAGGAGCUCCUUCAGCAGGGGUGCGUAUUCCAGGAGCGACAUGGAUGGGAGAGACCAGGGUGGUUCACUCCCACGGGUCCUGCUCCGGUUCUGGAUUAUGAUUAUUAUGGAUUUUAUGACAACAAGCGUCAUGAGGGUUAUAGGUACAACCAGCUGCUGUGGGGAGAUUACACCUUUGAUUUUCCCUCGCACCACGAUCAGAUUAAGUUGGAAUGUAUGACCUGCCGGAAUGCAGUCGCAGUUUUUGACAUGUCGUAUUUUGGCAAAUUUUACCUGGUGGGUCCAGAUGCUAAAAAGGCAGCGGAUUGGCUGUUCACGGCUGAUGUCAGCUCAUCCAUAGGUAAAACAGUCUACACCUGUAUGCUGAACAGUCGAGGUGGGACAGAGAGUGACCUGACAGUUAGUCGCAUUGAGUCCUCUCCACAAGGAUCUUCACUCACUCCUACCUUUGAAGGUGAUGGGUACUACCUGGCUGUUGGAGGUGGAGUGGCACAGCACAAUUAUUCCCACAUCAUCACCAUGCUUCAGGAUCAGAGGCUGAACUGCCAGUUGCUCGACUGCUCGGAGGAGCUGGGGAUGAUCAGUGUGCAGGGACCCCUGAGUCGCACGGUGCUGCAGGAAGUUCUCGACGUGGACCUCAGUAAUGAGGCCUUUCCCUUCUCCACACACCAGGUGGUGAAGGCCGCUGGGCAUUUGGUGCGGGCUAUGAGGCUGUCGUUCGUGGGUGAGAUGGGCUGGGAACUCCACGUGCCAAGGGAGUCCUGUGUGCCCGUUCACCGUGCUGUGAUGCAGGCUGGUGCCAAGUUUGGAAUCAUGAACGCUGGUUACAGGGCCAUUGAUUCACUCAGCAUUGAGAAAGGAUACAGACACUGGCACGCUGACCUACGAUCCGAUGACACUCCUCUUGAAGCUGGGCUCGCUUUCACUUGCAAACUGAAGUCAAAGAUUCCAUUUCUUGGCCGAGAGGUGCUGGAGCUACAAAAGACUCAGGGGCUGUUUAAGCGCCUGGCGUGUUUCACCAUCGAAGAGAAGGUUCCCAUUUUUGGCCUGGAAGCUAUCUGGAGGAACGGGAAGGUGGUCGGACUUAUCCGGAGGGCAGAUUUUGCUUUUGCGCUCAAUAAGUCAAUAGCUUAUGGUUACAUGAGGGAUCCUGAGGGGUGUGCGGUGACAACGGACUUUAUGAAGCAUGGUGAGUACUCGCUGGAGAGGAUGGGUGUCUCUUACCCAGCCAAGGUCCACCUCAAAUCACCUUUCGACCCAAGCAACAAACGAGUAAAGGGGAUUUAUUAGCGAAGAGCCAGCGCCAGAAGUUGCCGUUACCUGUGGAUUUGGCAGCGAGAAAAACGCAAGCACAAAUUUGCUGCAAUUGUCAUCAAGUUUCAGCUGAGGGACAUUCUACAGAGCAGUGGAAUAUCUAAUUUAUCUGCUCUGGAGUUUUGUAGUGUUUUUGAAACUUUACUAAGUCAAGAGCAAUUUUAAAGUCUUUAUAAUUAUUGACAAUCAAGAUUUUGCUAAUUGAUCCUCACAUGAAUACUGAAAAUAUGUUAGCUGAAGCUGAGACCCAAGGAUGUGGUGGGGGUGGGGGGGAUACAGUGAGUGAAUUGGGAGAGGUACAACACAGACCCUCCUCCUGUCGAUUGGGAAUCCCAUAAAAUGUCAGGAGCUGUGUGUUGCAGGUGUCUAUAGGCCCUGCAGUGGCUUUUACACCCUUUUCAGAAAUCUAUUAUCAGCUUCCACCACCUUCUGGAAGCUUGAUAAAUGUCCAAAAGCUUCUAAGUGUUGCUAUCAAAUCUGCUUCCAUCAGCAUGUUCCAGGCUUGUUAUUUUUAUUUUCAAGGCAAGUUUUUUUUUAAACACAGGUGCCUGGAACAUGCUGCCGGGGGAGGUGGUAGAAACAGCUAUGAUUUUAAUGAUUAAGAGGCAUUCAGACAGAUAGUUAAACAGGCAGGGAAUGGAGGGAUAUGCGCUUGUACCUUGCCAGGCAGAUGGGAUCAUGAUUGGAAUUAAUAUGCUGGGUCAAAGGGUCUGUUCGUGUUCAUUGUCCAGUAAAUGUUAAAUCAAUCUCUCAGUGAAUAGGAGGAUUCUGUUCUACCCUUGAUCCAGUUCCAUAACAUCUGUGGCAACAGAGCCCACAUUCUGAAUCCUGCCUGUUCUGUUCACUGGUUCAGUAAAAGUCCACUGUUCUGUGACGAAACUGAUCUAAGUCCUGCUUGAAUUAAUUGCUGGUUUGUACGGAGUGAUAAAUAAUGGGUGGAUAAUCUCUGUGCUUUUUCACAACCAAUAAUAAACAAAUUGCAAUUGUGGGCUGGAUUACAGGUACGGUAU